AUGAAAGCUCUUAUUCUUGUUGGUGGAUUUGGAACGCGUCUCCGACCUUUUACCUUUACGAAGGCGAAGCCUUUAGUUGAAUUUUGCAACCUUCCGAUUGUUUUUCAUCAGCUAAAGGCCUUGGCGGAGGUGGGAGUGAAGCAAGUUGUUUUGGCGUGCAGUUACAAGCCCCAACAGAUUAUUGAUGUGAUCCCCUUCGUGAAGGAAACUUAUGGUAUUGAAAUCAUUAUUUCUGUGGAAGAUAUCCCUAUGGGAACUGCGGGUCCGAUCGUUCUGGCCAAGAAGUAUCUUGAAGAUGAGGACCUUUUCUUUGUGUUUAAUAGUGAUGUAUCUUGCUGUUAUCCCCUUCAGGAGCUCAUUGACUUCCACCGAAAUCACGGUAAGGAAGGCACCAUUGUCGUGACAUGCACGGAGGAUCCUUCCAAAUACGGCGUGGUCCUGGCUGACGAAACGGGCCGCAUCGAGCGCUUCGUUGAGAAGCCCAAAGAAUACGUGGGGAACCACAUCAACGCGGGUAUCUAUCUGUUCAACGCCUCGAUGAUCCGUCGCAUCCCCAACAAGCCAACGUCGAUCGAGCGCGAGAUCUUCCCGAAGAUGGCGGAGGACAAGCAGCUGUACCGGAUGGUUCUCCGCGGGUUCUGGAUGGACAUCGGGCAGCCGCGCGACUAUUUGAAGGGCACCGCGCUCUAUCUGUCGCACGUGCGCGGCCUGCAGGGCGCGACGAAGCAGCUGGUGAACGAGAGCGAGUUCGUGGAGGCGAGCUGGGCGCAGGGGAACGUGCUGAAGCAUGCGACGGCGGAGGUGGGAGCGAACUGCCGCGUGGGUCCGAACGUGGUGCUGGGGAAGGAUGUGAAGCUGGGCGAGGGCUGCGUGGUGGAGAACGCGACGAUCCUCGAGGGCACCGUGCUGGAGGCGAAGUGCGUCGUGCGGAACUGCAUCGUGGGCUGGCGGAAUCGCCUGCAGGAGGGCGUGGAGCUGGAGAGCGUGUUCUCGGGCGAGGACGUGACGUUCCGGAAGGGCGUGCGCCUCUCGGAGUACACGAUCUGCCCCAACAAGAGCGUGAGCGAGUCCAAUCCGGUGGUGAACAAAGUGAUUCUGUGGCGUGUUUGUUGA